CUUCACAUUCCCCUUCGCCGGGCGGAGUCUCUGCCCGCCGCGAAUGGAGCUGGCUGGUGCUGGGCUGCUCGCCAGUGGCUCCGCGAGUCCUGCGAGUGGGAGAAGGGAACAGAAGAGGAGGCGGAGGAGGAGGCGGCGGCGGAGGCUCCUGUUCGGCCUUCACCAUGUCGAGUCUCCACAAGAGCAGGUGGGGCGCCCGCGGGACUAAUGGUGGCAAUAGCGGCCGUUAUGUAGAUUGGGGUGGCAGGACUUGCAGUGGUCACAAGCGUGGGCAAAUGUGUGCUUGUUUGUUUCGUGUCUUUUCUUCCUUCCCCCUCCACCCCCGCCGCUUUCUCUCUUUUGAGGAAGGGUGUUUGCUUAGACUAGGAAACGUUUUCUCCUCCCCACUUUUUUUUGCAUGCAAAUUGCAAGGGGUGAUCUUGAUAUAUUAAUGUGUGUUAAUGAAUUGAAGGCAAGAGGUUUGCAAUGGGCAAAUGUUUUCCUCUUUUUGGGGAGGGGAAGGGGUUGCAUUUAGAAAGCCAGGCGUCCUUCCCUUUUAAAGGAAAUAUAUAUUUUAAACUAAUAAAUAAUAACUCGUUUUUUGCAAGAAGUCUGUAAGGGGUGAGUUUGAUAUUUAUUGAUAUUUAAUACGUAUUAAUGAACCGGGAAAUGAGAUUUGCAAUGGGCAAAUGUUUUGGGGGUUCCCCACUUGGCGGCGGGGGAUGUAUGUGUGUGUUUGCUUAGACAGUUUUCAGCACAGCACGAUAAAAAAAUUAAAGCAUUCAAUUCAUUUGUUUUCUCUUAGAGAAAAACCUAUCCCACCCCCACUUUUGGCAUGCAUUUUGUAAUUGAGAACUUGUUAUUCAUAAAUAAAUUGGGAAGGGAGACGUUUGUAAUGGGCAGUGCAAACGUUAAUGGCUUUCCCUCCUUGUUUGAAAGGGUACUGUUUGCUAGAGCCACCCUACUGUUUUGGAAGAAGUCUCCCCCUUUCUCUCUUGCAUUGCAUUUUAUUAUUUAUCAAAUGUUUAUUUAUUAUUCAGUCUUAUGUUCUGCCCUUCACCCCAAAGAAGCCCAAGGGCUGCAAUGGAUAAGCUUUAUUUAUUGCUGUUUAGUAGAUACUGAUAUUAUUUAUCGGAUUUGAGAAGGUGAGGUUUGCAGUGGCAAGUUUCUGUAAACGUUAUUGCUUUUCCUUUUUGGUGUGUGCUUGCUUGCAGCGGUUCUUAACCUGUGGGUCCCCAGAUGUUGCUAGCUAGGGGUGAUGGGAGUUGUAGUUCAACAACAUCUGGGGACCCACAGGUUGAGAAAGGCUGGCAGAGAGUCAUUCCCCCACCCCACACAAAAAGCCCCUCUUUUUUCUUUUCCUUUUGCAUGUAUUUUGUAAGUGUGAUGUUUAUUGAUAUUUAAUCCCCUCCCCUUUCCUGUUUUGCAAGAAGGAUGCCUUCUCUUGUCCAACAUUUGAGGGGGUUUCUUUUCCUCUCUGCCUCUCAUUUGCAACCUUCCCUCUUCCUCUCUCCCCUCCCCCCCGUUGGUUCUUCAUCUUCUUUUCCCUUAUUUUUCAAAAUGUAAAGUCACAUUAUUUCCCUCAAAGAAUUCUGGGCAGUGGUCAUUGUAGUUUAUCCUUCAGAGGGACAAUUCUCAGCAACCCUUAACAAACCACACUGCCUGGAAUUAUUUAAGAGGGGGAAAUGUGCUUUGAAAGUAUAGUAUGUACACAGCUAAAACCACAUUUAUAACCUACCUUCAAGGAGCUUGUACUAGUAUAUGUUAUCUCCUUUUAAUACACACAAAUUCCCUGUGAGGUAGGUUAGGCCUAGACAGAGUUACUAGCUCAGGGUUGCUCAGCAUAAACUUGAUAGUUGGGUGGGGAUUUGAACCCAGGUCUCCCUGGUCCAGUUCUGGCAUGCUAGCUAUGAUACUACCUUGCCUAAAUUGAUUGUUGCUACAGAAGAUUAAUCAUCCUGGUAAACCCAGGUUGUUUUAAUUUGAAACUGAUUGAUUCCAGCUCCAUAGGGAGGCAAUUCUCCCUCAAGUUUUAAAAAAUGGAUCAUAAUUAUUCCUAGUUCCACUGAACCCCAUUUUUUUUCAGGGGAAUGCCAUAGCAUAGUGGUAGAGGACCUGCUUUGCAUGCAAAAUGUCCCAUGUUCAGAACCUGGCAUCUCCAGCUAGGGCUGGAAAUGUUCCUUGUCCAAAACCCAUGAGAGUCACUACCACUCAGAGUUGUAGAGUUUCAAGGGACCAUGAGGGUCAUCAUGUUCAACAUCCUGCAAUGCAAGAGACUUGCCCGACAUGCGGCUUGAAGCCACAACUCUGCAAUUAAGGGUCUCAUGUUCUGCCAACUGAGCUACCUGGAGAGCCACUGCCGGACAGUUUACGCAGUACUGGUGGCGCUGUGGGUUAAACCACAGAGCCUAGGACUUGCCGAUCAGAAGAUCGGCGGUUCGAAUCCCCGCGACGGAGUGAGCUCCCGUUGCUCGGUCCCUGCUCCUGCCAACCUAGCAGUUCGAAAGCACUUCAAAGUGCAAGUAGAUAAAUAGGUACCGCUCCGGUGGGAAGGUAAACAGUGUUUCCGUGUGCUGCUCUGGUUCUCCAGAAGCGGCUGAGUCAUGCUGGCCACAUGACCCGGAAGCUGUAUGCUGGCUCCCUCGGCCAGUAAAGCGAGAUGAGCCCAGAGUUGGCCACGACUGGACCUAAUGGUCAGGGGUCCCUUUACCUUUACCUUUAAGCUAGAUGAACCAGUGGUAUGGCACAGUAUAACUAGGCAGCUUCUUAGGUUUCUGCUUAAAUUAGCCCUUUAUGUAGAACCACAAGGACUUGGAAUCAUGUUUAAAUUUUAGGGGAAGGUGGUAGCUCAGUGGUAGAGCAUCUGCUUUGCAUGCAGAAGUUCCCAGGAUCAAUUCCCAGUGGCAUCUCCAGGUAGGGCUGGGAAUGUCCCUGCCUGAAACCCUGGAAAGCCACUGCUUAUCAGUGUAAACAACAAUGAGAUAGGUAGACCAGUUCGUGGUCAGACUCUAUAGUAAGAUAGUUUUCUAUGUUCAUGUUAUGAUGAUUAUAAUGCUUACUAACCUGUUGAAUGGUGCUGUAAACAGAAGUCACUUUUCCACCGGUUUUAAAUGUUGAUGUGUUUGCUACCAGCUAUGAGUUUGGGGGGUUAAAAUACCACCACAUAACUAUGCUGCAGGAAUAUUUUUUUUAUGGUUAUUUAAAAAUGUGUUUUCUGAAGAGCUCCGUUAUCUACAGUGUCCAGGAAGGAAACCACUGUGGCUUGAAAAUCACUCCUCCAGCAUUUAGCAAUCCAUCUUCCUUCCUGGUUUUUUUUGUUUAGGUAGGGGGUCCAUUUUCCCUCUGAAUGCUCAAAAAAUGCAAAGUAAGUUGUUGUCUUCUCAACUGAUGAAAUUCUCUUCACCAAUUUGCAUGAACUAGUUUGCUUGAAUACCAUCCAAGGGUGCCAGCUCCUUGCAGAAUCUUAACAGUUUCUGCUAAUUGCUAGGCAUCAAGUCUUCUACAAAAGUCAGGGAUGUGGUAAAAAGAAGGCAAGGGGGAAAGCCCAUUGUAGCUCAGAAAUGUUUCUGAAAACCAAUUGCUGGAAACCACAGUAGAGGUUCUCAAGUCCUGUUUGUGGGUCUCCCGCAGGCAUCUGGUUGGAGACUGGUUGGACACUGUGACAACAGGAUGCUGGAGGAGAAGGGCCUGUCUGGUUUUUUUUCCUGAUGGUGGCCAGCAGUGGUGGCUAGAAGGCGUUGGGGCUGGUGGGGUGGAAAGCAGGGAGAUCACCACUAGUUGGAGCCAGAGCCAGUGGCAGGCAGAGCUGCUUCCUGAUUGGUUGUAAGUAAGAAGGCAGACGGGACGCGGGUGGCACUGUGGGUUAAACCAGCCUAGGACUUGCUGAUCAGAAGGUCGCGGUUUGAAUCCCCACAGUGGGGUGAGCUCCCGUUGCUCGGUCCCUGCUCCUGCCAACCUAGCAGUUUGAAACUGUGUGAUGCAGUAGCAAAAAAGAAAAAAAGUUAAUGCUAGUCUAGGCUGUAUAGUGUCCAGGUCAAGGAAAGUAAUAGUACCAUUUUCUUCUGCCUUGGUCAGACCACUCCUGGAGUACUGUGUCCCACAGUUUAAGAAGUAUAUGGAUAAGCUGGAACGUGUGCAGAGGAGGGUGACCAACCUGAUCACAGGUCUGGAAACCAAGGCUUAUGAGGAAUGGUUGAAGGAGCUGGGUAUAUUUAGCCUGGAAAAGAGGAGACUAUGAUAGGCACCUUCCAAUAUCUAAAGGGCUGUCCCAAAUGGAGCAAGCUUGUUUUCUCCUGCUCUGGAACGUAGGACCCAAACCAAUGGCUUCAAGUUACAAGAGAGUCCAACUAAACAAAAGGAGCAACCUUCUGAUGGUGUUUGACUGUGGAACAGACUCCCUCAGGUGGAGGACUCUCCUUCCUUCCUUGAAGGUUGGAUAGCCAUCUGCCAUGGAUGCUUUAGUUGCAAUUCCUGCAGCGCAAGGUGUUGACCCUGUUGACAGUCAGGAUCCCUACUAUUCUGUGAUUCCAUGGCACAUUUUUAAUAUCACACUUUUAAUAGCAGUUGUUAAUUGGACACUGCAAACUUAAAUGGGGCUCAGUCUCAGCAAUGGUGGCCAACCAUAAGUAUUUAUGAAUUCUGGUACGUGUGUACGUACGUAUCUUGCUGAAUUGGGGCUUACUCCCAGGCAAAUGGGAUUGGGAUUGCAACCUAAUUCAUUAUUUUUGAGCAUUACCUCUCCAGCAGCAUGGCUUUGAAUACUUCAUUUGCAAGAUAACAUUUUUUGCCUGUACAGCUGAGCCUUCAAAAUCCUGUUACAUGAAAGGUUCUGGGUACCUACAUGUACUGUGGCAAACUAUGUAUAUGUUAAUGCAAUUUGCAGAUCUUCCUUUUAAUAUCCAGAAUCUGAGAAUAUAUUAAAACAUUAAUGUAGGCAUCAUUCUCCUUCUCCCUUGAUGGUGGCCGUGUACUCAAGAGUUUUUAAAAUGCAACAACACGCUAUUACUGGACAAGUAGCUAUCUCUCAAUUGAGAAUUGAGUACCACUUUCUGAAUUGAGUACCACUUUUCCUGGUGAGUGCCUAGGGCUGCAGCAUAUGCACAUAAGACAACAAGUCAACAUGUGAUGCUUAUUUUAUCACUGUAUGUCUGAAAUGGGGAGGUUCCAGCAGUUUUGACUUCUGAAUUCUGCCUGUCAUCAAACUGUUGAAGGUACAGAAACCCUGUCAUUAAAAAGUUGUAACUCUGGGUGGGACCUCGUUUAUCAAAUAAGAACGAAACCAUGUUUGCUGUGUAAUACAUUUAACUUAAGUUUAAUGAUUUUGAUAAUACAAUUUCAAAACCUUGAUUCAGUACCUGACAGGGGUGUCAUAAGGAUUUAAGGAAUACGUACCUGCAGCAUCUGAACACUCAAGCACAAUGCAAACACUUAUUAUGUUUAAUUUUUUAUUGUUCAGCAGUUCCUCCUAAAUAAUGGGAGUUGGGAGAAGAGAGGAGGUCCCAAACCUCUCCAAGCCAACCUUUCGGCACCUUAUUACAUAAACAAGAAAGGAAUGCCCACAAACAGAAUGAAAUAAACUUGGAAAGAUAGGUGUCAAAACAACAACAAAGCAACCUCCCCAACUCUUCUUUUAUUCCCUUCCCACAUCAGUCAUGCUUGCCAGUCUCUCUUUCUCUCUCUCUCCACAACUCUGAACAAAGCUCAUUUUGCUUAAAAAUACAGCCAUUCACACCCUUUUUUUGCUCCUCUAAAUUGGACUCGGGGCUCUAUCUGGGCUUUCCAAACCACAUUCUAUCUGAAAUAACAGGCUGAUGCAGUGUUUGAAACUUGCAUUGUUCUAGGCACAUUUUGCAACAGGGAAUUUCAUUAGCGCUGAGCUCUGGGCGCAGUACUACACCUAAGCUGAAAGAAACAUUAGCGUAGCCAUGUUUUGUUUUGUUUUGGAGGGCAGGCCUUUUGUUAGGGGGGCAGAACCUCAGCUAUGUGUUUUUAUUGAUAGUCCUGCCCCACUCCUUGGCUAUGCACAUGGAAGGAAAGGAGGACUUUGUUCUGCCUCCCCACUUCCAUCUACUCUCUGAAGACUGGAGAAGAGACCCUCUUAAGAAUAUUAAGAGGGUGGGCAGGGGAAGGAUUAGACCAUGUGAAAAAUGAACAUAAUAUUUUAGCUGCAGUUCAUUCAUUUUCAGCUUUGUAUUCUUGUUAUUAAAAAAAGUGCACGUAGACAUUCUGUUAUUGCGCCCAUAACCUAGGUUUUUGGUGCCAUUUAACUCAUAGCUUUCAUAUCUCAGUUUCUAACAUUGGGGUGAUGGCAGAGAGGGGCUGGAGCAGAUGACCGCCUGGAGGAGAAGGAAGAAGCAGAGGGACACCAAUCCACCCCUCUCCUAUUCUCCAGGAACCAAAAGCAGAGUCAAAAAUGCAGAGGAGCAAAGGGAGAGAGAAGCAUGAGGCACUGGUGGCUUAAAAACAGGCUGCUCUGGAGGGGGUGGGUGGGAUGAAAAAUCAGCUGAAACAGCCUUUGGAAUCAUGGGGGUAGAGGGUGGGAACAGUUGUCAUGCAUAACCAUAGAAGGACUGAGCUAAAGGUGGUUUACAUGGUUCUCCUCUCCAUUUUAUCCUCACAAACAACCCUGUGAGGUAGGUUAGGCAGAGAGAGGGGGUGACUGGCCCAAGGUCACACCCAGUGAGCUUCAUGGCUUAGUGGGGAUUUGAACCCUGGUCUGUCAGCUCAUAGUUCAACGCUUGAACUGAUGGGUCUUUAGACAGAAGCUGUCACAUUUUGCCACAUAUUGGUGGCAAUGAUGGCCCCCAACCUGUUGUUGUUAUUUAGUCGUUUAGUCGUGUCCGACUCUUCGUGACCCCAUGGACCAGAGCACGCCAGGCACUCCUGUCUUCCACUGCCUCCCGCAGUUUGGUCAAACUCAUGCUGGUAGCUUCGAGAACACUGUCCUACCAUCUCGUCUUCUGUCGUCUCCUUCUCCUUGUGCCCUCCAUCUUUCCCAACAUCAGGGUCUUUUCCAGGGAGUCUUCUCUUCUAAUGAGGUGGCCAAAGUAUUGGAGCCUCAGCUUCAGGAUCUGUCCUUCCAGUGAGCACUCAGGGCUGAUUUCCUUAAGAAUGGAUAGGUAUGAUCUUCUUGCAGUCCAUGGGACUCUCAAGAGUCUCCUCCAGCACCAUAAUUCAAAAGCACCAGUUCUUCGGCGAUCAGCCUUCUUUAUGGUCCAGCUUUCACUUCCAUACAUCACUACUGGGAAAACCAUGGCUUUAACUAUAUGGACCUUUGUUGGCAAGGUGAUGUUGCUGCUUUUUAAGAUGCUGUCUAGGUUUGUCAUUGCUUUUCUCCCAAGAAGCAGGCGUCUUUUAAUUUCAUGGCUGUUGUCACCAUCUGCAGUGAUCAUGGAGCCCAAGAAAGUAAAAUCUCUCACUGCCUCCAACCUAGGCAGCUUUAAAAGAGGAUUAGGGAAGCUCAUGGAGGAGAGGGCUAUCAAAGGCUGCUAGCUAUGAUGGCUUGCUCUGCUGCCAUAGUUGGAGGCACAAGUGCUUUUGAAUACCACUUGCUGGAAAACAAAGGGAGAGGAGAGAGUUCUUUGACUUGAGUCCUUCCUGUUUGCUAGUUUAUCACUGGCACCUGCAUAGCCACUGUGAAAACUAGAUGCUGGACUAGCUGGGCCACUGGCCUGAUCCAUCAGACUCUUUUGUUCUUUUUAAGAAACUUCAGUAGUUUUGGAAGGGGCAGCUGGCUGCUUCCUUCCCCCCACCCCAUAGUCUCAACGUUUCGUUUUGCUCCAAUAAAAGUCCUUAUCUGAACGGCACAUUUCUCUGACUGUUUACAAUGGGCUUGGCUAGAUUGUAGGUGCCCUUGAUGCAAAUAGUAAUAGUAAUAUUGAACACCAUUCAAGCCUGGGCAUUAACUUAGUAAGAUUCGGGCCUGGUGGAAUUAAAAAACAAAAAACCUCUCUUGUACCCAAUGUCUAGAUCAUAUAAGAGCUGGAUAAUAACAAGUAGCAACCUGGAAUGCAGUUGCAUUAACACUGCUUCCUUCUGAUGAUUGUUGCAUUUAUCACCUGCGUGUGUGUUACCUUCUCCACUUCCUUUAGGAUUGCAGAAUUUCAAGACAUCCUUAGUGAGGCCAGCAUCUCGCUAGAGAAGCUCCGUGAACUUUGCUUCAGCGGUAAGUGACUUUGGCAAAUUCUCCCUCAUAAUAGACAUCUGCACAGGUCUAGUUUUAAGGGCUCAAGCUAAGGUAGUGUUCAAAGUUUCCCAGGAGGGAUGAGCUUCAACUGAUGGAGCCUAGCAAAAAAUAAUGCUUUGAUCAGGGGUGAAAGCAGCAUUCUUCAGUCAACUAAAAACCAAAAACAACCCAUUUCUGGAUUUGGAGAUAACCCUUGCUGUUUUUCACUAGGUGUGCCUUGUGGUUGAAAACACGGAUGUAACUAGAACAGCAUUGUGAUGUGUAGAAGGUUGUCUGAAUCUGCUGGCAUAGCAAAGUGUUUCCCUCCUGAAAAGACCACUUCUCCUCCACUAUCAGUCUUUCCCUUCAAUGCACACAGUUAAACUGUGAAACUGACUCCUGCAAGUGGCAGCUUGGUGCAUGCCACCCCCAUGGCAUCCCUAGGUAGGGCUGGGAAUGUCCCCCUUCCUGAAGCCUGGAGAGCCACUUUCUGCCCGUGUUAACUGUGCUGAGCUAGAUGGGCCAAGGGUCUGGGUCAGUGUAAGUCAGCGUGUCACCGUCAGUCAGUGUAAACAGUCAGCUUGCUAUGGUAUGAGCCAGCUUCUAUCCUGAAAAUUAAAAAUAUACCGUAACACAACUGGGCAUUACCAAGGGCUAGAACAGGCAGGAGAUCUAUGCUCAGAGGGCUGUAAGUGGGUCCCUUAGCCAUCAGGGCAUCAAGUGGCUGUAAGUUGGUCCCUACACCCAUAGUUUUUGUUCUUUUCCUACGUACCUCUAAUUCCCAUCUUAAAUACAUCACAAUCUGUUCCCAGGGCUUUUUGCCUUCGAUAAUUUGCAUGAUGAAUAAUACAUUUUGCAAAGAGAAUCACAGGCUGCCUCUGUACUUGGAUUGCCUUGUUUGAAAGCACUGUGCAAGUGGUCAAUAUUCGCAUACAGUCUUGUGUCAUUUUGUAUUCUUCCCUGCAGUGAGUUAAGGGAAUGCUGAAAUGUUCUGGAUAAAAGGUUCCACAAUCUACUUCUGGCUGCUGUUUCAAACAACCAAAGGCCAACCUGGCUGUCACUGAGUUACUAUUUCUAUAAAUAUUUAAACAUAGUAACUCUUGGAAACUUAAAAGUGCUUGUGCAACUGAUUUUUUAAAAAUCUUUUUACGCUGUUAGAUGUGUAAAUGUUGCUUGUCUUGAGAUUUGUGUGCUUAAAAAAGAACUUAAGAACAGAAGAAGAGCCUGCUGAAUCAGGCCAAUGGCACGUCUAAUAGACGUAUCAGUAGACGGUGGAGAAGUGGGCUAUUGAUGGCUAUGGGACCGCCUCUCCUGGUAUGCCCCACGGAGGACCUUAAGGUCCAUAAAUAGUAACACCCUAGAGGUCCAAGGCCCUAAGGAAGUCAGAUUAGCCUCAACCAGAGGCAGGGCCUUCUCAACACUGGCUCUGGCCUGGUGGAACGCUCUGCCUCAUGAGACCAGGGCCUUGCAGGAUCUGAUUUCUUUCCGCAGGGCCUGUAGGACAGAGUUGUUCUACCUGGCCUUUGGCUUGAAAUCAGCUUGAUCCCCUCCCCCUCUUUCCUCUUUCCUCUUUCCUUUCUCCUUCUGUGAUGGAACUCCUAUUUGGGGACUUCCCUGGCUUUUUUUCUGGCCCACGUAGGACCAGUCUGGAUAGUUGGCCUUGGUGAAGACUUGACGUUUGCAUCCUCAAAAAGUUUUUGAUUUGAGUUUCUACUGAAAUGAGGCUGCAUUUUCAUGUUGUAUUUUAAUCUUGUUUUUAAGUUGUAUUUCAAGCAAUUGUUUUUAUACCUGGUGCUAGCCACCCUGAGCCCAGUCUUGGCUGGGGAGGGCGGGGUAUAACUAAAUUUUAUUUUUAUUAUUUUUAUUAUUUUUAUUAUUUUUAUUAUUUUUAUUAUUUUUAUUAUUUUUAUUUAUUAUUAUUAUAGCAUCCUGUUCUCACAGCUGUCUCAUGGUUAGUUUAUUAGAUUUGGCAUAAGGCAACCCAGCUUCAAAACCCUAAUCGGACAUCUCUGUUGCUCUCUCUGUCUGUCUGUCUUUCUGUCUGUCUCUGACUCUUUUUUUUUUCUCUGCCUUGCCUACCUCUCAGCAUUGUUAGGAGGAUGAAACAGAGAAAUGUGCUAAAGAGCCAGUGUGAUACUAUGAUUACAGUGUUUGUCUGGGACCUGGGAGGCCAAGGUUCCAAUUGGUGGGAUAAAAGGGAAGGAGAACCAUGUAUGCCUCCUUGAACUCCAUGGAGAAAAAAGUGGGAUGUAAGCAUAAAAAUUAGACUAAGGUCCAGUUAAAAAAAAACAGGUAGAGAAUACUGGAGGGAAUAGAACAUACACACACACUUGUUGAAGGAGAAGCUGCUGGAUGCCUCCCUCCUUUACUCGUUUAUUUCCCUUUUUCUGUUUCUCUAUUUGUUACUUCUCUGCCUGUUCAUGGAGUAUACGGCUAUGCUGCCUAUGAUAUGCCCCCACUGUCCGAAGGCAGGAUGCCUCUGAAUACCAGUUGCUGGGAAUCACAAGUGGGGAGAGUUUCUGCUGUUCUUGGCUUUUGCUUGCAGACUUCCACAUUAGGGCAUCUGGUUGGCCAGUGCGAGAACAGGAUGGAUCUUUGACCUGGUCCAGCAGCCAGGCUCUUCUUAGAUUCUUAUCUUCGGAGUGUCACAUUUCCCCUCUGAACUGAGAGAAGGGAAAUCUAGGCAUGAGGAUGAAAGUCAUGCACUUGGUGGAGAAAGACAGCAACGCUUAAUUUCAGUAGUCCUGUUUUUUCUUGUUUCACAGGGAUUCCCUUUGAAGGUGGCUUGCGCUGUCUGUGUUGGAAGGUAGGGUUUUUUUGACAAGGAGCCUGAGUCUUCUCGGUGUUUUGUACAGGCUUAAGAGGUUGGGGUGAUGUUUUCAAAUCAUUCUGUAUCCACUUGGGCAGAACUCCUAAGUGCUUUACAAACACAGAGCCUUCUCAGUUAUGGUUCCCAAUUUGUGGAAUGCCCUCCCUGGUGGGAUCCGUCUCCCUUGUUAUUAACUUUCAGGAGGAACUUAGAAAAGCAUUCCUGUUCAGCUAGGGAUUUGAUAGCUGAAAGUGACUGUUCCCAGAAACCUUGAAAUUAUUAACUGAUUGUUUUUAGGUAUGCUUUUAAUUGCCUUGUUGAUGUGUUAGCCAUCCUGGGCUCCUUCUGGGAGGAAAGGUGGGAUAUAAACUUAAAAAAUGAAUAAACAAUAGGUUGAUCCUUGCAGCAAAUUCCCAUUUGACAGAUGGGAGAAAUGUGAUUUUGUGAGAACACUUUUACCCCGUGGGAAAAUUCCUUACAGAUUCUUGUGCUCUAGAAAAACAGGUAGCCGUAAACAUUUAGCUAAAUAACUGCUGCUCAAUAAUAUAAGGCCCUUCUAGUCAUUCUGCUCUCUUUAUACAGAUCCUCUUGAACUACCUUCCCGUGGAGAGAACCUUAUGGAGCUCUGUUCUGCAGAAGCAGAGGUGAAUUUAUCUUUUCUGGGUCCUUCAUACCCCUGUUUAUGGACUUUAUAUCACUACUAUUUUUUAAGAUCAUUCUCUCUUGACUUCACAAUAGCAGCCAAUGCUGCAGUGUUUGAUUCUAUAAGUAUUAAUUCAAAUACCCUUGCACUUGCUUCUCUACUGGAAUGUCCACUGUGGUAAUUUCAUACUGCUGAUUGUUUCAUACUGAGGGCCAUACUUUUUUCUUUUUUAGUUGCUGAUAAUAGCAACAGAUCAGCAAUGUAAAAGCCUUUUAAAAAAUAAGCAAAAAUUACCUGAAUUAAACUAAAUUCACUGUGAAUUGGUCUUCCAAUUAAAGCUUCCAACUCUAUUUUUAAAAAAAAACACAAACCAAAACUUAAACUAGAUGCUCCAGUCAGAUUAGAAUAAUGACAUUUGGAUAGCAAGAUAAAAUGUAAGAAUAAAGCUUGGCACUUUCUAUGUUUAUUUAAAGCAUAUCUAAGAAUACUGAGUGGGAUGUGGGUGGUGCUGUGGGUUAAACCACAGAGCCUAGGACUUGCCAGUCAGAAGGUCAGCGGUUCGAAUCCCCACAACGGGGUGAGCUCCCGUUGCUCGGUCCCUGCUCCUGCCAACCUAGCAGUUCGAAAGCACAUCAAAGUGCAAGUAGAUAAAUAGGUACCACUCCAGCGGGAAGGUAAACGGCGUUUCCGUGCGCUGCUCUGGUUCACCAGAAGUGGCAUAGUCAUGCUGGCCACAUGACCUGGAAGCAGUAUGCCGGCUCCCUUGGCCAAUAAAGCAAGAUGAUCGCCGCAACCCCAGAGUCGGUCACGACUGGACCUAAUGGUCAGGGGUCCCUUUACCUUUAAGAAUACUGAAUACCAGAAGAGCCCACAAUCAAUAUUGCGUCAUUGAUGCAACUUUCUCUUCCCUCUCUUUCAUUGUAGAGCAGGGUUGGGCAUCAUAUCAUGGACCUUCUGGGGUAAUCUGGGGCUGCACACUGACUGGGUGGUGCCAGUAGGCAUUUGGGUUUAAACCUGGUUCCUAACAUAUAAUUCUUUCCCCUCCCUCUUGAAGAGAAUUGUAUACCCAGUUUUUGAAGGAAAUGAUUAUACAGCCUGGAAUAGCCAAAGCCAACCUCGGAGUCUCUAGAGAAGAUGUGACCAUGGAGGAUCAUGUAAGUGCAGCAUCAACACUAAGGCUAAACCAUGGUCAGAGGCAGUAUGCGUCUGAAUAAUGCCUGUUGCUGGGAACUGUAGGUGGGAAGAUUGUGGUUGUGCUCGAGUGCUGCUUGCAGGCUUCCCAGAGAGGCAUCUGUUUGGUGACUGUGAGAGCAGGAUGCUGAGCUAGCUGGGCCUGUAGUCUGAUCCUGCAAGGCUCUCCUUAAGCUCUUAGAAGCCCUGCUUUAGUGUCUGAAGGCCUUUCUUACUCUCAACUUGGCUUCUUGUCUUAAACUCUUCCAUAAAGCCACUGAAUCCGAACCCUGAUAGCAGAUGGAACACUUACUUCAAGGACAACGAAGUGCUGCUGCAGAUAGACAAGGAUGUCAGGUAUGCAAAGACAUUGAGUGUAGGGGGUGUGGGAAUCCCACUGCCAAAGCUUAAUCUGUUUUGGGACGGCUCCCUUUUCGCCAUGGUGCUUUGCUUGUCCUUUUUACAAGCCCAAUGAAUAAUUAUUUCACCCAGGAGGCUGUAUCCUGACAUGGCAUUCUUCCAGAGCAUGACCGAAUACCCCUGCCUGUUGAUCCUGGACCCCCUGAAUGAUUUCGAGACCCUCCGGAAGCGAGUGGAGCAGACAACGCUCAAGUCACAGACAGUGGCACGGAACCGGAGUGGCGUCACAAACGUAAGGGAAAGAGAGCUCUGUAUUGUUGUUAUUGUUGGACUACAGCCCCCAUCAUCCAUAGCCAGUUUGGCCAGCAUUCAGGAAUGAUGGGAGUUGUAGUCCAACAUCUGGAGACCCAGGGUUAAAAAACAACUGAAAUAGAAAAUGCCUUCAAAUAGAGGUCUGUCCUCUCUAAAGUAGGGACAUUCGGCUACCAGAUUAGCUUUCAGCUAGUUUUAAGGCCUAAUUCAAAAUGAUGGUCUUGAGUUUAAAAGGCCAAGAUAUCUCAAGACCCAUCUUCUCCUGUAUGAACAUGAACUUCUGAGGUGUUUGUGUGUAUAAUUGAAAUUUUAACAAUAUGAAAUAGCAAGAGAGACAAAGUACAAAAUAUUUAUAUACAGUAAAAUAAAUGGAACAGUGAGGAUAUGAGUAAUCACUCAUCAUGUUCCAAUUCUUGGACAAGGUUAUGAAUAUAGAGGCAUAUAGAAUAUGUUGAUUGAUAUUGUUUGGUUUUAGGAGUGUGGUGAUUUUGUUAUAAGCAUGUUGUGUGCUAUUUCAAAAGGUGGGAUUUAAGUGACGGAAAUAACGGAGGUUCCAUUUGCUCCAGAUCUGGUAUCCUCAAAUGGUUUCGUAUGUUGUUCUCCUUCCUUUGAUUUCUUAGGUAAGUUCUCCUCUGAAAACGCUGGCCUCUAACUCGCUGAAUGAGUAUGAGGUUCUGCCCAAUGGCUGUGAGGCUCAUUGGGAGGUCGUAGAACGAAUCCUCUUCAUCUAUGCUAAACUGAAUCCGGGGAUAGCCUACGUCCAAGGGAUGAAUGAAAUCGUAGGACCUCUUUACUACACGUUUGCUACAGACCCCAACAGCGAAUGGAAAAGUAAGAAGAGCACAUGCCCUUCUUGAACAUACUGUACAGUUCUCAAAUAUUGUAAUGCUGAAUGUUCAACAAACUCUGGUGUUUUUUCCCCUUUUUUCUUUUUCUUUUUUUAUUGACUUAAGAAAAUUAUACAGACAGCAAAUUGAAGAAGCCUAAAUUAACAUUGCCUUCUACCGAUAAGAAAUAAUAAUAACUAUUACAAUAACUGGGACGCGGGUGGCGCUGUGGGUAAAACCUCAGCGCCUAGGACUUGCCGAUCACAUGGUCGGCGGUUCGAAUCCCCGCGGCGGGGUGAGCUCCCGUCGUUCGGUACCAGCUCCUGCCCACCUAGCAGUUCGAAAGCACCCUUAAGUGCAAGUAGAUAAAUAGGUACCGCUUUAUAGUGGGAAGGUAAACGGCGUUCCGUGUGCUGCGCUGGUGCUGGCUCGCCAGAGCAGCUUCGUCACGCUGGCCACGUGACCCGGAAGUGUCUGCGGACAGCGCUGGCUCCCGGCUCUAGAGUGAGAUGAGCGCACAACCCUAGAGUCGGACACGACUGGCCCGUAUGGGCAGGGGUACCUUUACCUUUUUAUUACAAUAACUAAAAUACUAAAAAUACAUUUACUUCCCCUUUUGAACUUCUAUUCUGGUUACAAUAUAUUACUAUUCUAUAAGAAUCUAUUAUAUCCUUUGCUGUCCCAUAUAUUAUUUUAUUUCCCAAAUUCAACCUAACCCUCCCCUCCUCCCCACUGCUUCCCUUUAGCUGUGUGAGAUCUUCCCAUCAUAUUUUUUUCUAGUUGCUUUAACAAAAUAGAAUAACAUGAAAACUGUUAAAUUAUGAUUACUUCUUUUGUCCUUACACGCUUAACAAUUGCCAAUAAGAGUUCUGCUUUAACACCAUAUUUCUUCAUGUAUUCCCCUAUGCAUUCCCAUUCUGUAUAGAAUUUUUGAUUGGAGCAGCCCCUGAUUGAUGACUGUAUCAUUCAACAAACCCUGGUUUGUUUCUCUAUGGGGCAACUUGUGGCUUGUUGAACAAACCAUCGCUUUGGGCUGACUUGACUAUAAUACUGCGUUGUAACUUGCUGAGAUCCAAGAAACGUGCAAACCAGGUCACUUCCUGGCUUGUGGUCUCGAUAACAAAGCUGAUGGUGUCUUCCUUAUCCCCCUGCUUUAGAACACGCAGAAGCGGAUACCUUCUUUUGUUUCACUAACCUCAUGUCUGAGAUCAGGGAUAACUUCAUCAAGAGUCUGGAUGACUCUCAGUGUGGCAUCACCUACAAAAUGGAGAAGGUGUACUCCACCUUGAAAGAGAAAGAUGUGGAGCUCUACAUGAAACUGGUAAGGAAUAUUGUUCCACAGUGGCCUUCAAACAGAGUCCUAGGAAGCCUUGGUGUGUGUGUAUGGGGAGCAUCCUUAAUGAAGGGAUCAUCCAUCGUGGCAUUAAGUGGUAUAUCUUCCUAAAUACAUAAAAAGGACCAACUGCUCUCCGAAGCACCUGCCCCUUUAAAACUGUCGGGAUAGAUAUGAGAGGGUGGAUGAGCUGUAACGAGAGGGGGAAUUGGUGAGCAGGGGCAGCAGAAUUUUGAAACAGAAACACUUAAUAUAAACCAGGGUUUAAAUCUCUACUUGGCUAUGAAACUCGGGACCUUGGGCCGGUCUGUACCUCUCAGCCUAACCUACCUCACAGGGUUGUUGUAGAGAUUAAAUGAGGAGAGGGAGAACCAUGGAGCUCCUUGGAGGAAAAGGUGGUAUAUACCGUAUUUUUUGCACCAUAACACUCACUUUUUUCCUCCUAGAAAGUAAGGGGAAAUGUCUGUGCGUGUUAUGGAGCGAAUGCCUACGGAUGGCGGGGGGGAUCUGCUGCAGUCGUGAGCAGAGGAUCCAUGGUUCCCCUCCUUCCCUCCUCCGUGGCUCGCUUUGAAACAGCAAAGCGGGAGAAGAGCCGCUGAGUGGGGAGGAGAGAGGGACAGAGAGCCUGCUUCUUUAAAGGAGCAAAGCGGGAGAGGAGAGGAGCCGCUUACACGAGUGUAAGCGGCUCCUGUCCGGUUGGUUCCUUUAAAGCAAGCAGGCUCUCUGUCCCUCUCUCCUCCCCACUCAGCUCGCUACAUAGCAGCAAAGUUUUUCAUCCCCGCUAAGCUGGGGAUGAGCGGGGAGGAGGAAGAAAAGCAGAGCCUGCUUGCUUUAAAGGAGCAAAGUGGGAGAGGAGAGGAGCCUUCUCCCCUUAUACCCCUCUUCUUCAUUAUUAGCAGCAUCCUUCUCCACUCACCCCACGUGUGCUCCUUCUCCCCUUAAACCCCUCUUCUUCAUUAUUAGCAGCAUCCUUCUCCACCCCCCCACGCGUGCUCCUUGUCCCUUGAGUGCUUUUCCUUCCCUCCCCACUUAAAACGUGGUUACAAAGCACGGAUCCACAUGGAUCCUCAGGAUUUUUGCACUGGGUCACCCCAAAUUCACCAUCAGAUCACAUAGCAUGUCCAUAGCUACAUCUUGCACCAAAAAAAUCACGCACCCACUGUUGCCUGGGGCCGCAGUGGUACAAAAACGUGGUUACAAAGCAUGGAUCCACAUGGAUCCUCAGGAUUUUUGCAUUGGGCUACUCCAAACUCACUGUCAGAUCACAUGUCUGUGGCCACAGCAUGAACCACAAAAAUCAUACAUCCACUGUUUCAUUUAGAAAAAUUUUUCCUUGUUUUCCUACUCUAAAAACUAUGUGCGUGUUAUGGUCGGGUGCGUGUUAUAGAGCGAAAAAUACGGUAAUUGAAAUACAUGUCAUUUGAACGAACCCAAUGGUUACUUGUUCCUUUGCAAAGAAUAGCUCCAGUGAUCUGUAGCAAUUUUUAUUCUUCUCAAAAGACUUGGAAGGGGGAAGGAAACUUCUUGAAUCAAAAAUCCUCCAGAGAGGUGUAGAUGCUAAACAAAACUUAAAUGUCUGCUGAACAGUAACUUAAACUUGCAGAGAAUUUAACUGCCUUGUAGGUUUGGUUAAGGAAAUGAAAAGAGGACCAGCAAGAGCUUUUUAGUAGGCUCAGUUCUGCUCCCCAAAAUGUCCCUAUUUAACUCAGCUCUCAGUUCAGAGAUUGGAAUCUUUGUGGUUAAGAGGAAGAACCAUAGAUCUGAUCCCUCUGCUUGCUUGUGGGCCACAGCUCAGUGGCAGAGCAUCUGCCUUGCAUGCGGGAGGUCUGACGUUCAAUCCCCAGCAUCUCCAGGCAGGGCUGGGAAAGACUCCCUGGCUGAAGCCCUGGAGAGCCACUGCUAGUCAAUGUAGACAGUACUCAGAUAGAUGGACCCAAUGCUCUGACUAUGUGCUCUGAUACAAAGGAAGCUUCUUAAGUUCCCUCUCCCCCAGGUAUCAAGGGAACUGGAGCAGAUAUCUCCAGUCCCUAGUCCCCCUGCACACACACUUUUAAAGUGGUCUGAAAUAAUGCUUUUGUCUCUCCCCCGCCAGCAAGAGCAGAACAUCAAGCCCCAGUUUUUCACCUUCCGCUGGCUAACGCUGCUGCUGUCCCAGGAGUUUCUGUUGCCAGAUGUCAUCCGCAUCUGGGAUUCUCUCUUUGCUGACGACAACCGUUUUGACUUCCUGCUGCUAGUCUGUUGCGCCAUGUUGAUGUGAGUUCCAGCACAACUGUUGGCAAUGCCCCGCAUGGAUCGCCAUUCCAUCAUGGUGAUGGCUGUGGCAAACUAAUUCUCUUUUUUCAAAGGAACAGAGCAACUCGUAUAGGAGGUCAGGUCUGUCUAUGGCCAUUAUGCAGUAUAGCUGUAAAGAGUCUGUGUCCAGAGGUAGCCUAACUCUGGAAUAUGUGUCCAGAGGUAGCCUCUCCUCUGGAGAGAAAAGGAGGAUGCAUGGAUGGCUGUCACCUUCAUUGUCUGUUUGUGAGUUUGUAGCUGAGGGUUGUUAGGGAUCCUGUUAACAUCUCAACGCAUCCUGUUAACAAAGCACAGGUACAGUAGGCGCUCGGGGUUGCGAACGUGAUCCAUGCAGGAUGCAUGUUCGCAACCUGCAGCAGCGCGUCUGCGCACGCGCGGGUUGCGAUUCAGCGCUUCUGCACGUGCACAAAGCGUGAUUUAGCGCUUCUGCGCAUGCGCAACCACCGAAACCUGGAAGUAACCUGUUCCGGUACUUCUGGGUUUCAGCGGUCCGUAACCUGAAAAAAUGCAACCUGAAGCAUCUGUAACCUGAGGUAUGACUGUACUUUGAUCAUUUCUUUUCCCCCCUCUCUUCCAGGCUCAUUCGGGACCAAUUACUAGAAGGAGAUUUUACUCUGAAUAUGCGACUUCUGCAGGUAAAAUGCAGUAGGGGAAGUUCUUCAGUUGUACUGCCUCUAGUCACUACCUUGUCCGCCUCCAUGCUUUGAUUAGUAAGCUAAGGUGGGCAACCACUAGAGAGGACAUAAAAAGAGGCCCAUCUGGCCCAGCAUCCUGUUCUCACAGCGGCCAACCAGAUGUCCCAAUGGGAAACCCGCAAGCAGGUCCUGAGUGCAACAGCAACACUCUACCCACUUGCAGUUCCCAGUGACAAGUAUUCAGGGGGGUAGUACAGAUGAGAACUCAGUUGGAUACAACUCGUAUGUAUGUGUGUAUGUAUGUAUGUAUGUAUGUACAGGCAAUGACCAUUCUGCGUGCAUCCACCUCAACCUGGAAGUGGACUGAAAAGGGGGGCAUAGGCACAAAAGGGCAGUGUGGGCUUAUGCAGAGCGGGGUACACAAACAUAAUCCCCACGCAAAUUGGUUGUUGCUUAUAUGUACUACAUUUACAAAACAUAAAGAAUCGUUCAUCCUGGUUUGGAGAUACUCAAUAUGGAUAUAAGAAAUGAACAAGAAAUAAAAGGAAUUGCAUUAGGGAGCAAAUUAGUUAAGAUCUAUAAAUUAAAAUCUAACACUUGCUGGAGAUGUAAUAUGGCAGAAGGAAUGAUGGUAGGACUGUGAAAGAAAUAAUUCUGGUGUAUUGUACAUGACAAAUUGAAAAAGAUGUUUAAAAUAUCGAGAAAAAACCAGGUGUUCCUAUUAGGUAUCUUAUCAAUAGACAUCCAUCCCUAAGGAUAAGAAAAAAGGUUUUUUUAUAUGCCACAGCUGCUGCCGGAAUAUUAAUAGCCAAAAUUUGGAAAGGGGAAACAGUCUCAUCAAAAGCUGAUUGGCAAAAUAAACUAUGUGAAUAUAUAGCUGCUGUCAUCUUGGCCAAUUAUAUCAGACAUCAAAUCAGAAACUUAGGAAAGAAUGGGAAAGUGGAAGAAUAUAUGAUAAAACAUUGUUCCAAAAUAAAACAAUUGAUAUGCAUUGAUGAAAUUUAUUGAUUAAAUAAAAUAUGAAUAGAUAAGUUAAUUGCUUUAUGGAAGAAAACAAAAACAAUAUUCACAAUAGAAAAAGAAAUGUAAGUAAAAGAAGCUGCAGCGUGGUGGUGGGAAGUCACAGGGACAGGAAAAGAUACGAUAUUGAAAAUGGUUAUAACUUGAAUGUAAUGUAAAGAUCGUUAGAAAUGUGCAAUUGUAUAAUGAACGACAACUAAAUAAAAAGCAAUUUGGAAAAAAAUGAAAAAAAGGAAUUGCAACAUGGCACCACUGUUAAAGUGCAGAAAAAACCAGUUCCGUUAAAUACAUGCAACUAUAAAUGACCAUGAUUAAAAUGUGCAAUAAAACGUUUCCUGUUAAGGCAAUUAAUACAAGGGACCAAGGGAAUGCCUGUGUAAACAGGCGUGUCUUCAAAAGCCAAUGGAACACCGAUUCUGACGGGGCCUCCCAUGUUUGGCAGCGAUAUCAAGUUGUCGUGCUUUAUUGUUACUUUAUUACUUGCCCUUCAUCCUGAGGUCCCAGGGCAGUUUACAAUGAUUUAAAAUACAACAUAAAAAACUUAGAAAGGCUUAAAAUGACCGAAUAUGCAAUCGCCCCCAAAAAUAGUUUUUUCUGGCAGCAGAUUUUUGGGGUGUGAUAAGAUGUUCAUCCUUCAUGUCAUUUUAAAUAAAACGAAAACCCACCAGAAAAGGGAUGUUUGUUUUACUCCUGCUGAGUGAAGCCUUUGCCCUUAUUAGUCACGUGGGUGAUCCCAGCCAGUGGAAUGUCCAGUCUCCCUCACUCUACAACAAAUCCCCACCCCCACAAUUCAGGUUAUUUUUUCACCCAUUGUUUCUUUUUUAAUUUUACUGAUAUGUUAACCAAAAGAAAAGAAACAAAAACAAAGAGUUAAAAAUUUAAACCAUUGAGCAUCAUGCCCUGGAAGGACCAAAGGUACAAAGGCGCAGCUCCAAGGGGAUAAUAAAGUAUUAAUUCAUAACAGAUAUUCCCUUUACAGAUAAUUAAGAUAAAUAAUAAUAAAAGUAUUAUGUGAGUUCCAUCAUUGCUGAGAAUAAUGGUUCUUUAUGGUCUUUAGUGAGCAAGGCAUUUGCGUAUAGUGAUGGCACUGAGUGACCAUGUCCCUCAGUGUUUGUCUAAGAAAUAAAACAGUGCCAUAUUUGGGGUGGGGAAUUCGAGCUCUGCCCUUUAGAUUUUUGCUCUUUUCUUUUCAUGCAGGAUUACCCCAUCUCUGAUGUUCACCUGAUCUUGAAGAAGGCAAAAGAUCUUCAAGACUCCAAAUAGCCCUGGAUCGUAGAGAGAGUCUCUGCAGGUACCUGGAGGUGGAGUCCGUUGCUGAAAGCUCCUACUUCUGCCUCUGAUCAGGGGCCUGACUUGUGUCCUGGCUCUCUGCCCCAGGGGAGGCUUCUCCCCGCUCUAUUAAUUCACAAGAGAGUGACUUUCAGUUUUGCUGAGCCCUGCACUCUUAACAUUUCUUGAAUCUCACCUGCUGAAAUGAUUCCACAUCAAGUGACCUAUUCCCUUUUCAAUUUUGUAUUUCUCUGUUAAAUGACUCCAGACAGGGAGAUGGAAACACCUGUUUCCCUGUCAUUAUAGAAUGAAGAAUAUCGAGGGGCAUUACUGCUGCAGGGCACUUAAUGCGCACACACAAAAAAAACCCUUUUUGGGAUACAGACAGGACAGGCACCAGUGGAAUUUAGCCGUAUGAGGAGAGAGCUAGCAUAUUUCAAACCUUGGCUACUUUCUUCUGUGGGGAGUUGCUGGACUCUGCUUCUACUUGUUAAACCCUAUUCUGUUCAGUUCCUUCCCGCAACAGCUAAAUGCCAGAUGGAUCUCUGACUUUCUUCCUUCAAGGAAAUGGGUAUAUAGCACUGAAUUUCCCCAAGCAAAGCCCUCUCCAAAUUCACCUCUUAUCUGAUCCCCUCCCCUUUUGAUCUUGGCUGUACUUGGAAGCUAGUUCUAAUCAGUGAAAACAAGAGCUUUGUUGAAUGAAGUUGGAUUGGCCUUAUCACCCACUGCCUUAGAGAGGGUGCCCUAUUUUCCCCCCUCCUACUCUUAUUCCCACUGCUGAGAGAUUGCAGACCUGCUGCAGCAUUGCUACACAGCUCAGGGCCCUAGCAGCUAUUGGGCUGUACGGAAGAUCUUGAGACACAAAAGGCCAGUGAGUGAGAGAGAGAGAGAGAGACAAGCUUCUAGGUGUGCUGAACCGAGGUCACUACUCAACUGUGGGUUUCUGGUGUAAUCCUUCUAUCCCUCAUUCCAGCUCCUUGGUGUGUGGGUAAAGAUUGUCAGUCCUUCUGUAAGUUGGUGGCUUCUAAUGAGCCCGUAUCUCCCAUGUUUUCCUGGAAAAAUUAAAAGAUUAUGGCAAGGCUCGUGUGUGCUUGUGGUGCUGGGAUGUAGUUCAUCCACAAGGUUGUCAUCCUGAGCAUAUCUGGGUAAGAGUGACAGCAAGAAGGAGGUGUCCAGCAAGUGUGGGGAACCUUUGGCCCUCCAGAUGAUGAACUACCACUGCCAUCAGUCCCAGCAAGCAUGGCCAAUGGACAGGUAUGAUGAGAGUUGUAGUUCAGGAACAUCUGGAGGGCAUCACAGGUCCUCCACACCUGGUGUAAAGGCUAAUAAUGGCACAGCACCUACAGCCACUUGAUGUCUUUUCAGAAGGGUGUAGCAAAAUUAGGCUUUUCAAAAUAGGACCGGUAGCUUAUUUUACCUAUGUAAGGAAGGAAGCCUGGCAGAACUGGCUUUUUCUAAAUGAGGUGGCAAUAGUUUUAUCUCUCUCCUUAUCUAACACAGCCUGAGUCUUGACACUUCCGAUUCUAUAUUUUUAUCUUGUGUUUUCAUCUUCUGGGGCAAACCAUAGCACUAAAGGUUGGCUUUGAUGCUGCUCUGCAUCAGAACUGGUUUGGAAUAGUUCCAAGUCCUGUUUCUGAAGCUUAUCAAAAGCUCAGCACAUGAGCAGUGCCUCAAGUCUCAGAGGGAAGACAAGAUGAGCCUUGGGGAGCAGCUGGAAGUAUAAGGUUCAGUGUAUUCUGGUAUUCAGGGUAUUCAGGGUAUUCUGGUACCCUUAUCCUGCUGUCCUCUGUUUACAAACUCUUGGAGUGCUUCUGUUUUACUAGAAACAACACUAGGAUAGAACACGUUUCUCAGUUUGUAGGCAAAGGAAAAGAUGGCUCUUCCAUUCUGCCUUCAAAUCUUUGCAUUAGAAGAAAAAAGGGACAAUUCUGCCUCCGGCUCUGUUAAGAGAAGCAACUGCUUCCUCUGAAUAGUGCUGCUGUUCUGAUUAUAAUUAAGAGUUACUUCCCGGGGCAGGGAGAAGAGCUGCUAGUUUUCUAAAUUUGUGACACUCUAUUAAUAUGCCACAUCCACGCCAAACAUUUGAAAGCAUGUUUAAAACGAACUGCUGCCCGCCUCAAAGAGUCCUGGAGACUCUUAGGUGCUGAGCAUGGUAGCUCUGGGAAGGGGAUAAACUACAGUUUCCAGGAUUCUUUGUGGGGUCAUGUGCUUUAAACAUAUGGUGAAGAUGUGGCCAUAGAUGUCAGAGUUCAUGCCUUUUGGAAGUUUUUUUUGGGGUGGGGAGAGGUUGCAGAAUUUCUUGGUGCUUUUUUGUCUUUUUAGCAAACCAGAAUCUGCAUGGUAACAGGUCUAUAAAAGACCCCUUCACAGACAUCUAAAUCUUAACCUCUUUCUCUGCAUAUAAGCAGAUUUGUCUUACAGUGGUGUUUACACAAGACUAGAGCGGGUGCCCUGGAUAAACUGAAUAGAUUUCUGGAUAAAAUGAUGUCCUGAUCUCAUUGAGAGGAAUGUGUUUUAUGGGAACCAUGGUGUGGAUAAAGCUUGUUGGUUAUGGGGAACAAGGAGGUGGGUGAGCACUAUCUCUCCAAAGAAUGGAAUUCUCAAGGAAACGUCAGCCCUAACUCACCACCAAAUGUGUAUGAGAGGCAAGGGAAGAGGUGACCACAGGAAGCUUCCAUUGUAAACUUGGUCAGGUCUUCAGGGAUGGGGAACCUGUGAACCUCCCAGAGGUUGUUGGACUCCCAACUCCCAUGAGCCCUGGCCAGCAUGUGACCCUACAAUCAGGGGUGAUGGGAGUUGUAGUCCAGGGAUAUCUGGAAGGCCACAGAAUUCCCCUUCCCUGAACUGGAUCCUAGUUUACAGUCCAUUGAGAGGGGGUACAAAUAAUGACAUUAUUAUUAUCGUUACUAUGUGCCAGAAUGAUGUGUCAAGUAGACCACCAUGCCAAUGUGGACUGCAGGUAGAAAAUGCCAUUUCUGAAUGCUUCUUCAUGUGAAGGAAAAAAACUAGUGCAUUGGUGGGAGAGGGAGAGAUAUUCUAGAGUUUUCUUUUCCCUGUUCUGCUUGCAGAAAUUAGUCAUGUAGAGCAUUUGCAAAAACAAAUAAAUGCCACUGGCAUAUUUCCAGCCACCUUGGAACUCUUACCACAUCUCCCUGUGUGGAUUUUGUCUCAGUGAAGAGACCUAAGUGAUAGCCUGUUAUGAGUAGCAUGCUUAGUUUCUUGGUCUCGGCUUGCAUAUUGGGCAGUUAGCAAAUUCUGGAUGUUAAAAAAACUCUUUAAGUAGAACUUUAUGCAGUUUCUGAGAUGAGUUCUCUAAUAUUCUAAAAAAAGGAAGGUGAUAGUUUUCUGUUACCUGUGGGAGUCUGGGCCUUGGCGUCUGCAUUUAUUUUUAUUUUUUCAAAAUUACAUAAUGACGUUUUGCAGAAAAAUUGUGGAUUAAAUGAAGCCAAUGGUAACACAGAGAGAAAUCUGACUCAUAUGUGCUCACAAGCAUUUAGUUUAUGUGGAAAUGCUCAAUGAAAUGGUACAGGCUUGGCCUCUCAGCUCACUAAGGUGGAAAGGGGAAACUGUUUUUGAGAGAAGCUGCAACGUUCUGCUGAGUAUGUAUAGUAGGAGUAGAGAACCUCUCAUGCACAGGCUUUGCUAGACCUGGAACAGAUCCCAGUUUGGCCUACAGGGACAUUUCCACCCAAACUACAUUUAUCUGCCCCACCACAGCUGAUGUCAGCUCUGGCACAGGUAAGAAUGAAAAUAAGGGGCAUUGAAAAUAAGCUGAUUGUGUUCCUUUGUAAGAAGGGCUCGCUGUCGUCACUGACAGCAAGCCCUACUGGGAUCUGCUAUACACAGGAGUUCCCACUGUAUGUCCAUUAAAUGCACUAAGGAUUUCUCUCAUUACAGAUAAGGUGCCUAGAUUAUUAUUUUUUAAGUGACACAGGGUAAGGAGCUGAUUGUCAGAUACAGAAUGUUCUCCCUCCCACCCACCUAUCCCCCAUUCUUCUACAUUGUAUUUUUCCAUUAUCUUCCUCAGACUUUUUCUUUUUAAUUGCCUUUUGGGAAGUUUAGAGCAUGAACCACAAAAAAAAUGGUUCUGGGGUUAGUGCGUGUUCUGUAGUAGCCGAAUAUUAAUGGCUUUAUUUCUGUAUACUGGACCACCUACAAUACUGUUACAAAUUCUGUUUUCAUCAGUGUGGCCUCCCUCUUGAUUUCCCCUGCCCCCUCAAAAAAAUAAACAUGAACCUUUGUAAA